UAUAAAUAUAUAGAUAUGUAUAUGUGUGUGUGUGUAUCUAGAUAUAUAUGUGUGUGUUUAUAUAUAGUAUUAAAUAUACUAUACCUACAUAUAAUAUUUUACGAGUUGAAUGAGUUUACAACAAAAGGUGGUGAUCAUCACAAGCUGAGGACGGAUAACCACCCAGAAACUCGAGUCUGUGUGCAUCACGUAAGGCUAGAUAUUGCAAGGAUGACCUCUUCUCCUAUGUACUAAUCGGACACAGAAUGUGUGUCGUUAGACAGCUGGUAGAGAUGUUUUCCUUUGGUUAUAACCCUCAGGUGCACUUUCCUGUAUAGAACGCCACACUUGGUUGGCAAUUAUAUCUUACGAUUCCGUAUUGCUACUGCUUAUAUCUCCCCACCCCAUAGAGUGUGAAGCUAAAAAAAGGAGCCAUCGAAAAUAUGUCAUUUUCAAACGUUAUGCAGCGGUAAGAUGAAAAAGGAUUAAUGCAAAUUAAUCUCCAUUAUCUCCUCUAUAUUGAAUUAAAAUUUUAUACACUUGUUUGUAAAAACAGAGGAAUUAUUAAAAAUUAAACCUCUCAAUAACUUCUGUGCCACCCUGUGUGUAUAUGUGUGAAAAUUUAAGUAAUUCAUCAACUCACUUGUGUAUAGAACCUACUGAUGCUAGCCAUCUGUUACAAGAAUUUUGUCAGUGAAUAAGUUCACCUCACGCAGACAUUAGCCAUUAAGUUUUAUUGAAGUAAACAAUGAAAAUUUCUAUCAUCGUUUCGUUUCUGAUAGUUUGUGGAGAGUCUAAUGACAUGUGUCCUCAAUUAGCACUUAAACACUGCGAGUUUCCCCUGUACUAUUUCGAGAACCUUGAACAGGAUUUUUCAUUUUGCAGACUAUUACGAACACAUUCUAAAUGCAUGUAUGGAAUAUCGAAAUACUGUGAUGCAUAUUUCAAUGUUCACUUUUACCAAAAGUGCUUUUAUUAUCGAACAAUUAAAAAUUGGAAAGACCCCGACACCAUGCUUCCACAUGUUAUCGAUAUGGACGAGAUGAAAUGAAUAUGCCAGUUCCAUCAUAAUGAUGUGUUGACUGAAAAAAUAUUUUAUGGUAUAACAAAACUUGGAGAAAUGUUUUAAAAAAUAUUACAAUAGAUUUGUAGCGUUAAGUUUAGAAGGAUACCACAUCAGACAUAUGCUCUUUCUCCUGUCACCGAUAUUGAUAGCUAUUUAUGUAACUAAUGCACUAAUUUUGCGCCUGCAUUCAAUGAAAAAGAAGCCAUAUCUAUGCAACGGUUAGUCAAUAUUUUCUUGCGUAAUAUAUAUAUAUAUAUAUACAUAAAUGCAUACAUACAUACAUAGUAAUAAUGAUAAUCUGUAAGAACAAUUAAAAUCUCAAUGCUGUUUGCAAUGCGGCGCUACUGUUAUAAAAUUGCCAUAAGAAUACCGAUGCCACUGAAAUCUUUUAAGACGAUAAACGAAUUAAAACAUU